AUGUCUGUUGCUAAUCCUGAGGAUUUCCACCACGAAGACCUUUCAGAGUCUGAUUCAUUUCGAAUUUUGAUCCUCCACCCAGGCAAACACAAAUCUCCAAUCCGAUGUGAUCUCAUUCAUACAACAUUACAUGAAUGUGGUUCGGAUAUUUACGAUAAUUACACGGCUCUGUCCUAUGUUUGGGGCAAUGCCAGUGAUACGACAAAGAUUUGGAUCAACGGGUUUCGUUUUGCGGUCACUGUAAAUCUUGCGAUGGCGUUGAAUGAUUUGCGCGAAACCAAGCGGCCACUGCGAUUAUGGGCCGAUGCUGUCUGCAUUAAUCAAACGAACAUUUCCGAACGCAGUCAACAGGUCAGCUUGAUGAAGGGAAUAUAUAGUGGUUCUCAAAACACCGUGAUAUACUUGGGGCCUCGAACUGAUCUAUCAGCUCGUUUAUUUGAGCUCAUGCAACCACGAAAACAAGAGAACUCUAAUUUAGAGGAAACCGCUCUUCAUGCAGCUCAAGAUAUAUUAUCACGCCCAUGGUUUACUAGAGUUUGGGUAUAUCAAGAACUGGUUCUAUCCAACAGAGUUUUUGUGCAAGUUGGCCAAAUGCGAGUACCUUGGGAUUCUCUUUGCGAAGUUCUGUUGCGUCAUCGAGGAGACUCAAUACCGAAGGAAAUGCCAAAAAAGGGAUUUUACUCAAGAAAGAAAUUGACUUUCUCCUUUGGAGAUGAAAUGAUGUUCCCAAAAAGUAAAUCGUUUUUCUCAGAAAAGAAAUCGAUUCUUCCACUCAAGUCAAGUCUUCGUACUGGUUUUCCAUACCAAGUACAAAGUGAUGUGAAUACACAAAGGUAUCAACUACUGUGGAACAUGAAUCAAUCACGAUUGAAAUACCAUCAAAGCUUAUGGGAUGGAGACCCCCCGGCCCCUCUUCUGGAUAUUCUAGAGUCUCGGAGAGGCUCAAAAGCUUCCGAUUUGAGAGAUAUAAUAUACGGUCAUUUGGCUGUGGCGGACAUUUAUUCUCCCUCACGCACACUGCCAAUGCAAACCGGUUCGCCUGUACUUUGCACAUGGAACCGAACACAAUACGUUCCAGUCGUUGAUUAUACCAAAAGUGCAGAUGAGGUAUUCACAGAAGCGGCUCGCUUUAUUGCUUGCUCUACGGAUCCUGGCGGACUAAGAGAAGUUCUAUAUUAUUCCGCCACCAAGGCCUCGCAUACCAAAAGAAGCAGUCUCCCAUCUUGGGUGCCAGACUGGACGCUAGAUAAGGAUAGUCUCCAGGAUCCUUGCUGGCCAUUUGCUUAUGAAAGCUCGGCAGAUGAUACAUAUUAUGGCUACCUACCCGUAUAUCCACACGUCUUAUCAUUCUACUAUUUCGAAUGUAUGUACAAGCAGGAAGUUGUUGAACGAACCAGUCAAUUGAAUUUAGUAGUGAAUGAUGUGGGAGACGAAAGUCUCAGACAAGCACUCCAAAACUCUUUUUGUAUACGUUACUCGCUUCGGGACUGCCCGGAGGCAUUUUAUACAGAGAAAUUCGCCAAUAUCUAUCGAACGAUGUGUUCUCUCUGGGAAGGCCUUAUGGCAGCAAACAUGAUGACCGAACCAUUCAACAUUCAUUAUUUUCUGGAUCAAUGCGGUCGCCAGUUGGGAGAAGAUGCUGAUUUCGACUAUGACAGAAUAGUAUCUUCGGAUUUCUUCGCGAACGUACUUUCUAUGUCCAUAAAAUAUGGAAUAAUCGCCAAGGAUCUAUUUGGUAAAAUGAACUUCGCCCGAUUUCGCUCAGGACGCAUAGGCGUCGUACCUCUUGCAACUAAACAGGGCGAUGUAAUGCUAGAUUUCACAGUAUUGGGAGCACCAAAAGGUCAUGAAGGCUUAGUUCUUCGGCCAAAAGAGGGUUACAAAAAUGCAAAUUAUGAUUGGAAUAUUCGCGCAGCAAUUGAAGGUGCACCCAAUAGGGUCGUUCCUAUAUUGCAUUGUACGUUUGUUGGUGAAGGGUGGGUCGAGAAUUCUAUAUGGUCGAGCCCUCUGAAUCUGAGUCCUGCGAGCAAGAAUUUGUCUAACACAAGCAAAACUUCAAUCAUUGCUAUUCAUUGA